UGACGUCAAAGUAAUGUCUCCGAAAUUUCGCUACCGCAUUCUGCAGUGAACUGACAGAUUAAUGUUUAUACCAGUUUUUAACUUAAAUAUAAUUAUACCUUAGCAGUUUUGGAAAACUGUUAAUUAUUGCCGUUUUUCUCUGUACCUUUACAUAACUAUGGCUGCGUCUGCUCGUAAACUUUCCACCUCGGGAGAUUCUUUGUAUUUAACCCUCGGCCUACCAAAAACUGCUACCGCUGAUGAUAUUAAAAAAACAUACAGAAAGCUUGCCUUGAAAUAUCAUCCCGACAAAAAUCCUAAUGAUCCUGCAGCCUCUGAAAAGUUUAAGGAUAUUAACAGAGCUCACAGCAUCCUCAGUGACUUAACUAAAAGGAACAUAUAUGAUAACUAUGGCUCGCUCGGGCUUUACAUUGCUGAACAAUUUGGAGAAGAAAAUGUAAACACUUAUUUUGUACUCACAAGUGGUUGGUGCAAGGCCCUGUUUGUCUUCUGUGGUAUUAUUACUGGAUGUUACUUAUGUUGUUGUUUCUGCUGUUGCUGUAACUUCUGCUGUGGAAAAUGUAAACCAAGAGCUCCUGAAGAAACUGGAGAUUACUGUAACUUAAAGGAGGAUUACGAAAGCGGCGGCAGUAAUCCACCUUCGCCUGUCCGUACACAGCCCCAGAGCUCUGAUCCUUCUAAAAUUCCAAUGGCAAUGCCUGCACCAGGAGAAAAUGCCACAGAAAUGACUGGACUAAAAAGUGCACAGACUGUUACAUACAUGACAGGUCACGAUGCUACGUUACAAAGCCAGUAACUUAUAGCUAUUUAUUUUAGCUUCCUCUUAAUGUAGAAAGUAUUUGAUGGAUGUCCUGUAUCAUGGUUAGGGUUUCAUGAUGGAUAAUUUGGAGUCAGUGUGAGCAUAUAUGAUGUACAUGUCUUCUUGAUUCUUUAAUGCUCGCUAUCGUAUUGAUAAAAAAAAGUAUGUGAAAUUGUUUUGAUUUUUGCAUGUGUGUCUUCAGAUCUUGUCAGUGUGAAAUUUACAAAUUGUUUUAAAUUUGAGGUUAAUUUCUUUCACACAUUUUUGAAGACUGAAAUUUUCCCAGCUAAAGUUAUAUACAUUUGUUACGAAAAAUGGGGGAUAAAAAUCAAAUUUUUGCAGUGCAGUAAUGAAACAUUGCAUGCAAUUUUUUAAUCUUGUGGUAAAAAGAAGUUAUAAAGAAGUUUGAUGAUUAUUUGAAAAAGUGUGAAUUUUUUUUAAAAAUAUUAAUAAUUAGAUAUAUCUCUUUAUUUAUUAUUAAAUGUAUAUAUAAACACAUACACACACACACCACAUAUAUAUAUAUAUAUGUAUAAUUUAAUAUUAUAACUACUAAAAUUGAAUAUUUAAAAUUUAUGUACAAAAGUUCAUUUUUACCUUUUUCUAAAGCUACUUUAGAAAAUUACUGGAAUUGUGUCACCAAAUCAUGCAAGCUGGAUAGGUAGCUAUAAUGUUUUCUUGAUGAUCAGCUGGUUUCUGAUCAAAUGAACUUAUUUUCUUUGCGAAUUUUUAUUUUCUUUGCUAAUUUAGAUUGAAAUGAAGUAUACCUGUUGAUUAGGUGGCUGCUUUUCUUAAUUAAGAAAAUUCUAUAUUCUUCAGUACAAAGAGUGCCAUGUGUUACAGAAGCCUAAUAUUGUGUCACAAAUUUGUAAAAUACCUGUGGCACAACAGUGGCAUAUAUGAUGUUGUCUCCUCUUUAAAAUGCAUCAUUAUUAAUGGCUGGACGGUAAGUCACAAAAUGUUUAAUCAGCCAUAUGCCACUAUAAAUGAAUAUGCUCUGUGUCGUGUGGCAUCACACAUGUGCAUAUGUUAUGUUAUAUAUAAAAUGUGCAUCCAUUGAGACAGAGCAGUUUUCCCAGUUAUUGAGAAAAAGUAUAUAAAUUCAGCAAAAACAAGCAGCAGGAAAUGACAAGCAAAUUAAUUUUUUGUGAUACAAAAUUCCAGUAAAGGUUUUAUGAGUGAUAUUUAGGUAAGAAAUGAAAAGACCAUUGCACGUGAUUAAUGUAUUGCAUUCACCAGAUUACAUAACCAUGUGGUCACACAGAAAGUUUUAAAAAUGGUAAUUGGCAUUGUCAAUUUACAGCUUGAGAAAAAUAUUUUCAAAUAAGUUUCUGUUAAAAAAAGUGUAGAUAGUGUUUGGGGAAAAUUUCUCUUUCAUUUUCAUCCUCUGUUUUAACAUUAUUAGACAGUGUUAAAUUUGGCAUAAAUUUUGAAAGUUUGAGCAUUUUUCUGAACACUUUGCAUUUAUGCCUCAUUAGUAGCAGACUGUCUAUGUAAAAUCAAAAACUUACAGUAUCAAUAGCAGCAGUGAAAUAAAUGACAUUCUUUCAAGCAUAUUGAGGAGGAAAAUUAAGAAACUAAUGAUCUGUGAUAUGUCAAGUAUCUUUGAAUGGUAAAGAAUUAAUAUCUAAAAUAAUGUAGAAAAGUUGUAGUAAAAUUAAUGAAAAUGAGAAAAAUGAAAUGUUCUAAUUAGAAAGCUUAAUGUGGAGAGUAAAAUGUGUAAGUAUUUUGUGACAUAUUUUUCUGUUGCUGUAAAUCAGUUUUAUACAAAUAUUAUUUCUUUCAGCACUUGUAAAAAAUUAAUUUUAGUAUUCAUUCUAAUAUAAAGUUAUAUAAUAAAAUUAUUGAAUUAGGUUGAAUAUACCAUAUAUUCCAGUGCGUAACUCGCACUUUAAAUAAAAAAAAAAAAAGAUUGAAAUUCAUGGGUGCAUAUUAUAUGCCAGAUAUAAAAAUGAUAGAUUUAAAAAUGAGGAAAAGAAGAGUAUACAAAAAUUAGAUUUUUACGCCAUCAAAAGUUACUUCAAAGUUUUCACUUUUAUUUGCAUUCUGUUUUGCCCAGGUUGAGGCAAAUAAACAUAUGAUUAAUCCAUUCCUUGUUACAAUUAAUCCAUUCUGCUGAUUUUCUGGAUUGCAACACUUUCUUCUCCGCUAGGCCAUUUUGUUACUCCUUUAUGCAAAGCACAUUUAUUCUUUCGCAUAUUAAUUAUUGUAAUUUCAUUUUUGUUCCUGUCAUGUAUAGAGCCUUCACUAGUACCAAAUUCCUUGCUGCAGCACAAGUCCCAUUUUUCGUUGCAGAUUAAAUGACUUUGCACUUGACACCAGUGCUAUUAGUUUGGUUGAUUUAUUCGAUUAUCUCAAAGCACUUGAGGGCUAUCGGUCUAAGGGGAGGGAUGCCUUCAUGGAAGACUUUCUAAGGGAAACUGGCUUAUAUACACGUUACAAAUGGGGAAGACGCCCAUACAGCCAGCCUGUUUGCAGGAUUCGAACCUGGGACCGAAUGCUCGGCCGGCUAGUGGGUUACACAAGCACUGUUUUUUUUUUUUUUUUUUUUUUUUUGGUAGGAGCUGUAUUUUCUACUAAAAGGGACACUACAUCAACUGUAUUUCAACUAAAGCAAAUGCAGCUUUUAUUGUUCCUCGUGUUGCAUGUUAAUUCAGUAUACCUUUGUUGAAAAGCCUGGGGAAAAUCUUCGAAUGAAUGGAUCCAAAAGAUAAGACCAUGGCACAUGUAUCUUUCAGGUUUCUUUGCAAAGAAAAGUGUGCGUGUUAUACAGUGAAUAAACCUAAAAAUUAAAAAAUAUAGUUUGAAAUUAUAGAUGUGCAUUAUACACUAGUGGUAUAUGUUAUUGACUGGAAUAUAUGGUAUUUCUUGACCAAAAAUUAGAUUUCUUUUUAAUUAUUUCUAGAGUAGUGUUAAACUGUUUUGCUAUUUUUUGGGAGGGAGCAUAUUUAUAUCUGGGCUUUGAAUUUUUUUAGCAAGAACUGAAUGUUGUUAAAAAUUAGAAGGUUUUGUGUUUUUUUCUUUAAUACAGGGGCAGCUAAUAAUCAUGCUACUAUUGUUAUUUCACUAUAGUUCUGUCAUUAGUAACGUUAAACAAAUAGUUCUCUUGUUAUACUUCAAUCUUUUGUAUACCACUUCAAAAUUCUUAUCUUUCUCCCCAUCAUGUGACUAGUCACAAAUAGUCAAGACAAACUGUCAGACAUUCUAUGACUUUACUAUUUGACUAAUCAUAUGAGUAGGCAAAUAGUGUAGGCAUAGAAGAGGAAUCAUUUAUUCAUGAUUGUGCUCAAAUUAUUGGUAAGAUGGAGGUACAUCAGUCCACAAAUAAUACUGUGAAGUUUAAAACAGAAAAAGAGGCAGAGAUGUGCCAACCUGCAUCUCCAUAGCUUUAAUAUCCAGUAUUACAUAUUUCUUGUUCUCUCAUUUACUUCAUCUUCACAUCAUUAUAGCAAACUGUGUCAACUCCAGCCUAAAUGGUGUCCACCAGCGGCUGAGCGGUAAAGCCGCUGAACAUUGGUAGUUCGGUCCUAGGUUCGAAUCCGUGAACGGUCUGGCUGCAUGAGCAUUUUCGUGGUUUUCUCCGAUGUGUAACGUGUAUAUGAGCCGGUUUCCCUUAGAAAGUCCUCCAUGAAGGCAUCCUUCCCUUUAGGCAGAUAGCCCUCGUGUGCUUUGCUAUAAUUGAAUAAUCCAAUCCAAUCCAGCCUAAAUGUAAUCUGUUAUAAGUGCAGAAAUGAGUGAUCCUGGGACUGUAUUCAUUAUUUAUGUUCAGUUCUAUGAAAAAUAAUAAAUGAAAGUUAUUCAAUGGCACAGAACAGAGAAAUGUAUGACAAUAGAAGUUUUGGUUUAUAGGGCCUGAUUUAUGUAUGGGAGAAGAGGCAUUUACCCGAGGUCUCCAAAAAAACCUUAAAAAAAAUCCUUCUGCAAUGUUUAAAAUAUAUAAAAUUUUUUAAAACGUUUUCAUUUCUAGAUUUUAAGAAUUCAAGGUAAAAACAAGAAUAAACUUUUAAACCUUAUAUUUUAAUUUAGUUUGUGUCUCUUUAAUAUGUAAACAAAAAUCAACUAAAGUUUUUUCGAGUAUAUUGUUUUUUUCCAGCAUAUCCAAAUUUUUUCUGUGGGCAGGGGAAGAUCAUUGUUUAUAAUUUAUUUCAUGUAAUAAGUAUUUAAGUGAAUCAAUGAAAAAAUAUACAGACAGGUGAAAUAUAUUUUUUAAAUAACUCUGAAAGGGAAAAAAUAUAAAUUAUUAGGUUAUUUUAUGAAAUACUAUAGUAUAAAAUCCGUAUCAGCAGUAUUUAUUGCAUUAAAAUGAACUGAUGAAAGAGAGGCAUUCGUAAAAGAUUUGCCCUUGGUCUCCAAACUUUGGCUCUAUUGAUUUAACAUUAUUAUAGUAUUUGAUAUUUUCCCAGAUUAAUUUUACAACAAAUAAAGGAAAUCACAAUGUCAUUUCAGUCACUGAUUUUCUUAAAAUUUAUGCCAAAUUCAAUGCUGUUUCGUAAUACUUGGAGCUAGUAUUGCCAAAUUUAUGUUAGUUACUUUGUGUUCUUACUAUUAAUUGUUUCUGAAUUGCUUUCCCAACUGUUGAGUCGGUUGAGUGAAAUAAAUUACUGGAACAAAUAUUUAUUUCAUUACACUAAUUUUAUUUUAAUUCAAGGUUUUGUUUAUUUAUUUUUUACAUUUGUUGUGGUAUUUUGCUUGAAGCAAAAUGUUGAUUUGUAUAGAAUAAAUGCAGCUGAGUUUGAGAAAAGACUUUUAACAUUCCCAACCCUUUUUAUUAAGUUUUUUCCAUCAUUAUUGAUACAUAAUGCAAGAAGAUACAUCUAUUAUUAUACCUUCUUCUCAUCCUAUCUUCCUUAAAGUAUUCAGUCAUAUUUUGUGCAUGAGAUUGGAAUACAUUACUUAUCAAUUAUUUAUAUUUGUAAUGUCUGAAAUUCUGGUUUUUUCUUAAGAAAUGAAUUAAACUUCUGUAUUUAAUACUAUGUUUAAUUUUUGGAUCAUUUUAUAUUGAUAUAGAUUUCCGUAUAAUAAAACACUUAAAAUUGAGAACUUGAGACAUUCCUCAUUUAUGUAUAAUUUUUACAUUGAAAUAUCCCAGAGUGUACCAUUUAAAAGUAACUGAUCUUAGUGUGUUACUGAUGAAAGAAAGUGUUCUGGAAUUUUUUUAAACCUUUCUUUAUUUACCAGUUACCUCUAUAUUCAUUUACAAAAAAUUAAGAAACUUCCACAUGUGAUCCUCUUAUGAAGCAGAUAACUUCUAGUCUAUAAUUAAUCUCAUAUCCAGCUGCUACAAUAUGAGUGAAAUUGUGGAAGAUGUGAAAGUAGGAAUUUAGGUGAACCCAUUGUAAAUAUCUUGAAUUUAACUUUGAUGAAAAUGGUUACUCAUGUUGACUAUGGCACUAGGUCAAUAUUGCAUAGACCCUUGGCAUGCACAAGACUGACACAGCAGAUCAAAAACCCAUGCCAGUGUUGAUCCUGUGCAAAUGUCUAUUAUGUUUCAUGUCAACACUAAGCUGUGUUGAUCUUGUGCCAUGUCAGUUCUAAAGUGUUUUUAUCCUCUGAAUGGAUACCUGCAUGUGCAGGUUAUUUCAUAAUAUUGUCUGUAUGUUGUAGGAAGCAUUACUUAUUCUUGAAAUGAAUAUCAUGUAAAUUCAGUUUUAGGCAUUAAAAAUGCCUGCAAUUUAGUCUUUCUGUUUUUUUUACGUCGUGUUAUAUUGUUAAUAUCAUUUUCAGACUGAAAUUAAAUCUAUGCACUGCUUAACAAACUAAAGGUGAUUUAGAAACACUUCUUAAUAGUUUGUAUCUUUAUUCUGUUUAUUAAUAAUAUAUAUAAUUGGUGUAAUUCAUUUUAUUAUUUAAUAACACAUAUAACCCAAUAAUUAUAUUUAUAAAUUUUAGCUAAUUAGUAAUUAUAUGAAUUUCCAUCAUUAUAGUAAUUAGAUGAUGUUUCUAAUGCCACAUAUAGUAUACUUCUGGAUAUUUAUUGUCUAUCCAGUUUACAUUUUCUUGGCAAUAAAUUUUUGGCAACAAGAAUUUUUUAGGUAGCAAAACAUCUCUAGUGACAUUUUGGUAAUCCUUGAAAUAUAUUCUUGAAAUAUGGCUAUACGUUUUGGAUCUGCAGUAAAUUCUAUAAGCUUUCUAUGGUAAAUUCAACAAACUGCAUUUCCUUGUUAUUAUUAAUUGAAUCCUUAGCUGCUAAAGUAAAGAAAAGUAAUGAAUGAAAUUGAUGUACUGAAUAAUCAGAAAGAAAAUUACAAAUAAUUGUUUCCAGGUAUGUCCCUUAUGUCAUCAAAGAUGUUUUGACACUCCUUCCAAAAAAGAAACAAGCCUUGUUGUCAUAAAAGUUAUUGCCAUAAAAAUGUGAGCUUGAAUAGUCAUUGAGUUCCUACUUUCAUACAGAAUAAUCAUUGAGCCAUCUUAUUAAGGAAUUUGUAAACAUUUUCCCUUAAAAUGUGUACAAUAAACUCUCUUAUAUAUACAAUAAAAAACAUGUUAAAAUAAUUCAUAACUUGCAUCUGAGCCAUUUUUUGUUAAUUUACUAACUUGAUUAUUACAGUUUUAGUUAGCAACAAAAUAUAAUAAAUGCUAUAAAACUGUAAUGAAUAUAUAUACUCAGUUCUUGAAUAGUAAUAAGUAGGACUUAGCUGUACAUUCUCGACAUGAGUAAUGUUAUUUCUUUACUUUCUCCUGGCAUGAAUAAUAAUCCUUUACUUAAUUCUUGCAUGAAUAAUAAUCUUUUACUUAAUGCUUGCAUGAAUAGUAAUAUUCUUUUAUUUCUUCCUUACAUGAGUAAUGUUACUCCUUUACUUGUUCUGCAUUUAAAAAAAGUUAUUCUUUUCUUACGCCUUGCAUCAUGCUUCAGUUAUCUAUACUUCAGAGGUCAGAGUAACCUGUUUCUUCUAGACCAAGUAAAAUUAAGCAUUUUGAUAAAUUAUCUAUGUUUUUGUUUCCUUGCUUUUAUUUGAAUAGCAAUAUAAAAAAGAUUACUACAGUACUGUAUACAUUUUUAAGAAGCUAUUACAUGAAUUUACAUGAAUAUUGAUGCAACAAUGCUUCAAAAAUGCAUAGUCAUUAAAAAUUAAUGAAAGAACUAGUAUAUACAAUACAUAGACCAGUUGUUCUUUGUGUAUCUUGUGUGUCAAGUGGUUAGCAAUAAACGUGCUUCUUUUGCAAAAGAAGAGUACGUAAAUAAAAAGGCAUGUCUGACCCAUAAUUCUUGGAGUAUAACCGAAAAAUUAAUAAAUGUGUAAACACUUAGUGUUGAAUUUUGAAAGUGUGAAUUGAUUGGAUAAUUUUUAGGAGAUAUUGCUGGCUUAUUUAAAUGAACUGAAUGUAUUUUUUCUAAGGCCAUAAGCAGCUAACCAACUUGGCUCGAGCAAACUACAGCCUAUAAGCUGCAUACAUCUUGUUGUGUAUUUUUAUGUGGUUUAUGAGAAAUAGUCAUAGGUUAGUUUUUCUAUGUUUUAAUGCCUCUGUAAAUAAAUUUUGCUUUCUCUGGAUUUGUCAGCUUGUGAACUAUUUUAUAACUUCUAAAUUUAUUAAAAUCAGUAUAGCAUACAACAGAUCAUAGAUCAUCCUUUGUUAAGUAUUCUGUCCUAAAAUGGCCUUUUCUUGCUUGUCAUCAAGUAGAUGCUUGUGGUGUUCGUGAAAAAAUAAUACAAAUUCUGUAUCAUAAGUGGGUGAAAUCUAAGUAAGGAGACUUUACGUAUUUCCAUUACAAAAUUAACAUCUGAAAUUAAAAAAAGUAAUGAAAGGUGUAAAACACUAUCAUUUGUCUCAUUAGAAAUUUACAAAAUUUUGUUAGAACUGACUUACAGCAUUUUAUAUAUAACUAAAAAGCCUAUGUUAUUCGUGUACCUUUAUUUAAAAGUGGUUCUUCAGUCAAAAUUUUACUCGGAACUGCAUUAAAUGAUGUUUCUAAGUAUGGCAGCAUUUGAAAUUACCUCAGUUGAGAACAGUAGCUCAAUUCACUUUGGGUCUCUGUUUGGACAAAAAAAUUGAAACAGCAAAAAAUAUAUCACACUAGUAGUUAUUUUAUUGUAACACUUUUAAUUUAGGAUUUAAUAGAAGAGUAACAUGUUUCAGUAUAUUUGCAGCUGUGUACUAAAUUUACUGUUCAUAAAAACCUCUCACUUACAUUGAAAUUUACUCGAAAACAUUGCAUUUUUAUUGUUUUUAAUUUCAUUUUGAGAAGAAAAUUUUUUUUUUCCAAAUUUUGUUUAAUUGAAAAAUUACUAUAUCUUUACAGAUUAUAAAUAAAAUUACAGCUAAUAUUUUCAGUGAUUCACUGUGUAACAAAUCAAAACAAUUAUUUUUACUUUACUCUGCAGAAUCACAACCAUUUCUGCAUUAAACUUCCAAUUUUAUUAAAAUUUUUUCAUAACAUCUGCAUAAAAAAUAUAAUCAAAUUCAUUUGAUAGCCAUCUGUGAUUAAAGCAUUGUUUAGUAUGAAAUGAGUUAUUGAAUAAUUAUAUUUAUGCAACUAUGAAACAUUUUAAUGACAUUUUUAUUUAAAAGGAUAUUUUUAUCUGUAUGCAGGUACUAUAAUAGAAAUAUAAUCUAAGAGCACUAGCGCCUUUCAAACUUCCAUGCAUUCUAAAUUUCAUCGUUGCGUACAUUGCAAAGGUUUUUCCUUUUUUCCGUUGAAUCUUAAUGGAAAUGUGGACGGAAAAUACUUCUUGAUCAGUUAAAUUUGCCUUUUUUGUUGGAAAUUUAGUUCACUGUGUGCUUUUCUCCAAUGUAUUUGCUAGUACAUGUAAAUUCAAUAUUUAAGAGGCAUAUGUUCUGUUUUAUGCAUAUGCAUGUAUAAAAAUAAAUGGUUUGCCAUCUAGCACAUUUUAAAGACAAUAGCUAUCUAUUUUGCUAUGUUUUUGCAAUAGAGAAAUUGGGCGUAGUGAAAAAAUAAAUUUCAUUUUUAUUUAGUUGUAGUUUAAAUUAUAAUUCUUUUUAGAAGUAAAAACAUAGAUUUUGUUUCUGUGUGGUUGUAAUUUACUUUACUAUUUUAAAGAAGUAAAAGAGUAAAUUUCAUGUCUCUACAGUUAUUUACUUUAAUCUUAUUCUUUAGAAGCAUAAGCAUAAAUUUCAUCUCUUUGCAGCUGUAAUUUAAUAUGUUAUUAUUAUUUUGGAUGUUAAGGAACUGGUGCAGUUCUAGUUUAUUUUUUUAGAAGUAAAAGAAAUUUAUUUCUAUUCAGUUGUUAUUAGUUAAUUAUUAUUGUUAUUUUAUGAAUAGCUUUGACUACUUUGAUGCUAUUAACAUGGCAGUAAGUGUUGUAAUGCAGCUAUUUUUUUAAACUCUUGCAAUUUUUAGAGAUUCAUGUAGCAUUACAUUUAUUAGUAGUUGAUAAAAGAUAUCACAUUUGAAAAGUUUAAUCAUCAUAUAUUUUCCUGUCUUGCAAGGAAUCAUAAAAGGCAGUAUAUUAUGCAUGGAAGCCAUUUAUAUUUAUGUUAUAGCAAAUUAUAAUGUGUAUGUAUAAAAGUAUGUGUAAAAUAAUUUACUACUGAAAUAGAUCCCCUCCUCCAAAUUCAUGGAACAAAUUGCUAAUUUCAUUUUUUCCAAAACUGCAAAUUCGAUUUUAUUUUAAAUUUUUGUUAAAGUUUGAAAUUUGUUUGUUAUCAUCAUUCGUUAUUGAAAAAUUUUAGUAAUUUAGCAGUUCGUAAUUUAAGUUCCUUAAUCCUUGGAUGUUUUGAUAUCCAUAAUUUAAAUGAAAUAUAGUUAACUUCCUUUAAAAAUAUCCUUUCACUUGAGGAAUUUACAUUUUUCAUCAUAGAAUUCAAAAUGGUAAUCCUAAAACUGAAAUAAAAAUAUAAUUGUUUAAAUUUAUAAGUUAUUAUUAUUGAUUAGAAUAUUUUCAAAGAUAAAUAAAUAGUCUCUUUCUAUGUGUGUAAUAAUUAUUCAUCUCCAAUAAAAUGUAAUCAUUCAUUAUUGUGGAAUUUUAAAUGCAAAUAAUUCUUUUAAAAAGACAAAAUUUAUAUCUGAGGACUUAGAUUCAAAAUUUUCCUGCAUUCAGAACUUAGUUAUGGAUUAAUCGGUUUAUUUUCCCCAUUUUGCGCAAAGAGGGAUUUUUCUUUUAAAAAAGUUAAUUAAUAGAGGCCUUUUAAAAAAAAAACUGUAAACGUAUUACCAUUUAUGUGAAUGCAAAUAUUGUGAUUUACCUGCCAGAUUUUAUUUAAUCAAUGUCUACUUGCUUAACAAUCUGAGUUAAAAUAUGCAAGUACAUUUGUAAUUAGUUUGAAUUCUACAUUUUACAGUGUUUAAUUGAUAUAUUUAACAAUAUUAUGAAAGUUUCCAUUAUUUUUAGAAGUAAUAAAAGAUGUUACAAAUGUUAUAUGUUGCAGAAUUGUUUUUUUUUUUAAUUAUAUAUUUAACUCUUAUAAUUUAAAGCCAACUUAAUUUCAAAUAUGCUUAAAGUCAUAACUUUUACGAGCAUUUUCAGCGUCAUUGGAAUAAAAAGUUUCUCUUCACCCUUCUCCUCUGGCAUGGAGUAAUGUCAGUGACAUUUAUUAUUAUAAAUGACUGCAGAUUUUACCAAAGUGACUAUUCAUACUUUUUUUUGCCACAUUUGGAUUAUUUUUGAAACUUGGUUGAAGUAUCACCUGUUUUGCUGAAAACAGAUUUUUGGUAAACUUAUUUCCUCUGGGCCUCCAGAUUUUUUUUUAUUAGCUCACAUUUAAAAUUAAUUAUAAACAUUAAAGCCUUAAAAUUUAAGGCCAUAAAUAUUUUACUAAAGAGUGCAUAUAGAGAUUUAUUUUUAAAUUUGUGAUAUAUGUAAUGUUAGGUUUCUCUUAUACUGUUAACAAAGAUAAUUUGAUAUAUAUAUAUUUCUAUUCUAUUGAAAUAACCUUUGAAACAAAGCAUUUUGUAAGGUCUAUGUUAUUAACACACAUUUUAAAGAACAAGUUUAUAAAAUUAAACUCAAUUCAACGUAAUCUGAACUGAAGUCUAACCUUCUAAACUGCCAGAGGAAUUAUCUCAUCUUUUCCUAACUGUACUAGAAGAGUAAGUAAAUGCAACAUUGUAUAAUAACUUAGGAUCUUGUUGGACUUAACUUGAAAUUACAAACUGAAACAAUUAACUAAACUUACUUUAAUUUUUAACGUUUGGACAGAAACAAUGAUUCCAUGUCAAUACAGCCGGUUGAUGUUGCCUUUCUCUUAAAUGUAGAUCCUUGCUUUUUACUUUAACCUCACUUCAUUUUGCACAUUCUAUGCGUUAGGAGAAACAGUAGAAGGUCAGGGCAAAUUUUAACAUAAGAAAUAAUGCAUUAAUUAAAAUAAAAACUUAAAAUAUUUGUUUUUUAUUACCAGCAUAUGUUUUUAAGUAUGGAUGAAACAAAUAUUUCAUGGGCCUGCAUCUUAGAUUGGCAUCUUAAAUUGGUACUCAUAAUAUAUGCACAUUGUCUACCUGCGAUUGUGCAGUUCCUAGAAAUUUUAACAUUAUGAAACAGUUUUGUUUUGUGACUUGUGUUUUUUUAAUUGCAUAGCUUGUUUUAGGCUGUUUAAUUGGUAUGCCAUUAAGUGUCUUAAUUGGUUGCAUAAUAAGAUAUUAAGUAAGAUGAAAUUGAUCAUCUCGGUUGCAUAACAUUAAAUUGCCUAUAUCAUUAUAUGCUGGUAAUUUUAUUUGGUUAUUAGUUUCUAGGAGAAGUUUUUGUUUAUUUGCAUCUAUUCUUGUUUUUAUGGUUUGUUUAAAAUUCCUUAUAUAGCAUAGUAUGUUAUAGUAAAGCUGUUCUGAACUGUUUGAUUGGAAUGUGUCUUUCAUGAAUGUGCAAAUGAAAAAUUUGUUUUGGUUCCAAAAGUCUGUUUACUAAUUAUUUGUUGCGAAUGUUGACAUGCUUUUUUGACAAUGGUAUAGCAUAUUUCAAGGCAUUUAUAAAAUUAUAAUGAAGGUUGCAGUAUUCAAAAAGUGUAGUUAUAAAAUUAGAUACCAUUGAAUAAGUUUUAUAUUGUUACUUGCCGAUUGUUGUGAAUAUGUAAAUACAGUAUUAAAUUUAAUUAUGUAAAAUUUCUGUUGUAGUUCAUUAGUUUCAAAACUUGAUAUAUUUGAAGUCAUGUAUUCACUCAUUUAAUAUGCAAUACAGUUUGUUAACCUUGAAUAUUUUAUUAUUCAGAUUGCAUAAUAUUUACGUAUAUAGAUAUUUUACUUAUUCUGAUAAUGUAUUGUAAUCAUGUGCUUUGCAUAUCAAUUAACUAUCUUACCCAUUUUAAUCAUAUGGGGAAAUACCCUACUCUUGUAAUUGAUAUAAAAUUAUUUAAAAUUUGUAAAGCGAUAAAAACGAUGAUGAAUGAAAAUUUAUUGUCUUCUUAGUACCUAUGCGAAAAAAUAUACCUAACAGCCACCUUUGCACUUGUAUGUUGAUAAUAAUAAUAAUAAUAAUAAAUAGAUAAUGAUUUUUUA